AUGUGGGAACAAAAACGUAGUAUCGUCGAUCAGGAAUAUAAUCAAAAUUUCUGUAUAUCACGAGAUGGCGGACGAAAAUCGAAAUCAGCGCAUGAUCUCUCUCCUGAUAAAGUUGACCGGUGUUCUGUAGCAAAUGCAGGGACUGCAAACAAACUAAAUACGCUGAAUACACCAAAUCCUAAUUUUUGUGAAAACGAGUCCAUAUUAUUUCAAUCAUGUGCUUUGGAACCAAAAAAAUUUUACGUGUAUCAGACAAGAGCUGAACGAGGAGCUGAAAAAAAUGUAGCUUUAAGUAAUUUCCAUCUCCCAACAACGUAUCGAACGUCGGGUCUCUCAUGGUAUAACAGUAAUUACCCUGUUUCUACGUAUUCUGUAGAUUAUCGAUCUAGACAUGAUGACAAUUACCUCCAUCGCCGAAAUAAUGCAUAUGAUGUGGAUACUGGAAGCAAACCGAUUGGAAGACGUAUCACUUCAGUGCUUGGUGAUCUUACUCGCCGCAAGUAUGUACGAUCAAAUAGUAUGGAUAGGAACGCAUUACGUUCGGGAGAUGCUGACUACUUAGGUUUUCGAAAUCGGUUGUUGGUGCCUGAAUCACAUAGUUUCGACAAAGAAUAUAGUUAUGUCAAUUAUCAUGAUACUGCUGCUCGAGGAUCCACACCACAUGAACCAGAUCAGAGCAAGGUGCCAACACGAAGCAUUUUGAAAAAUAAGGAAAUAUCGGAAAGUGAUAACCUUGCGUCAGAUAUACUAGCUGGCAAAAGUCAAUGUACAAUUGGAGAAAAAAAUCAAGCGUCCUCAACUUCUGGUAUGAAGCAUAUGUUUCACCGCCUUAAACGACACCUAUCGGUAGAAAAAAGCACCAAUCCUGGGUUAAGUACUAUUUCAUCUCACGACGUCACGUAUCAAAAUCAUUUUCCACUUUUGAAAAAUACAAACGUGAGUGACGAUAUCGCGGAUCGAACUCAAGUAAUCAGAACUUGUGAUGAAGGUAUGGCUGAUGGAAUUACCUCAGUUCAUAUAAAUUUAAUUUUCACUUACACUCCGAUUCUAUAUUUAUUUGAAUCUUAUAGUAAUGUUGACGUUUCAGAUACAGUUUCUAAAGAAGGGCCAUCGAAAGCAUCUAAAAAGCGCUCAUUAUUCCUCGCCCUUGGACGAAGAAGAACGACUGAAAUGCGAUUAGUGCCUGACGAGAAAAUUAUAAUUGCUUCUGGAGUAGAACCAGAAUUGAAAAGGCCAUCAUCACCUAUUGAAAAGAUUAAAUCACUUUUUCGAAGAAGUAAGGAAAGUGAAGCAAUUGCAACUAUUUCACAACCAUUGUCUAGUGGUCAUUCUCAUAAUAAUUACCUCAGUUUCCCAUCAACAACUUCAGCGAGGUAUGGUUUAUCGGAGAAACCUCAUAGUAUAUAUCCACUGCCUCAUCUUCCAUCUAUGGUUGGACGUGAGACGUUCACUCCACAAUAUCGGAAAUAUGCAACUGGUAUGACAGUGCCUGGAUCAAGCAUUGUCAAUCACUAUCGAUAUAGUUAUACUCCUGGAACAAAUGAUCGCGCGUUACUUCACUGGCAUCAUGAACCAAAAAUGUUUUGA